AUGGAAAAUUAUCACAUAUUACAUUUAAUAGGAGAAGGGUCUUUCGGGAAGGUUUAUAAAGGAAGAUUAAAAAAGAGUAAUCAGAUUGCUGCUUUGAAAUUUAUUAGCAAGAGAGGGAAGUCAGAAAAAGAUUUGGCAAAUUUGAGAUAGGAAAUUGAAAUAUUAAGGAGAUUGAAGCAUGAAAAUAUCAUAUUAUUAUUAGAUGCCUUUGAAACAGCAGGUGAAUUUUGUUUAGUAACAGAAUUUGGACAAGGUGUAUUAUUUGAAAUUUUGGAGGAUGAUCGAAAAAUAUCAGAGAGUGAAGUUAGAAUCAUAGCUUAAUAAUUAGUUAGAGCAUUGCAUUACCUGCAUUCGAAUAGAAUAAUUCAUAGAGACAUGAAACCAUAGAACAUUUUAAUUUCUGCAGAUGGAGUGGUCAAAUUAAUAGAUUUUGGGUUUGCUAGAGCUAUGUCGACAAACACUUAAGUUCUGCAUUCAAUCAAGGGAACUCCUCUCUAUAUGGCCCCAGAACUAGUCUAAGAAUAGCCGUAUGAUCACACUGUUGAUUUGUGGUCCUUAGGGGUCAUAUUAUACGAACUUUUUGUCGGACAGCCUCCCUUUUAUACAAAUUAAAUCUACUCUCUAAUACAGCUGAUUAUUAAGGAUCCAGUAAAGUAUCCUGAUAACAUGAGUUCAUAAUUUAUGAGUUUUUUGAAAGGACUACUCAACAAAACACCUUCAUAAAGGUUAGGUUGGCCAGAACUGUUAAAUCAUCCCUUUAUUGCUGAAACAGAUUAAGAAAAAUGCGAUAGAAAGAGGAGAUUAUAAUAAUACAACCAGUGGGCAGGAGUUGAGGAUGAAGUGGUAGAUAAAAGAAAAAGAUCUUUGACACCAACUCGUGAGAUCAUUAUUUAUGAUUAAAUAAAAGAUAAUCGAGAUGUAUCUCCAAAAAGAAUGCCAUGCAAUGAUGAAUUUUGGGUUAGAUGUGAACAAAUUGCUAAUGAUGUUUAAGGUGCAACUUAAUUGAGAUGUGAUCCUGGAUUCUUGGAUAAAUUGCUAUAGGUUUUGACUCCACCUAAAAAGCCAGCAUUAUACAGUGCUUUAAAAGUGUUUGGAUUAGUAAUAACCAAAGGAAAUCAAUAGGAAGGGUUGGAUGUUGUCAAAAAUUAACAAAUUCCUAUACAAUUGAUUACUCAUAUUAGGAACUUUAUAAGGCAAGGAAAUUUAGAGUUAUUAUCAGAAUUGAUUAAAACUAUUGGAUUAUUGGCUUAGGCUACUUUUGAUAAGAAUAUAGGAAUUGACAACAUUUUUAUUAAAUUUGUUGGCAUGACUGCCUAAAUACUCAGGGUAGGCUAGAAUAAUGAAUUAAUCAAUACUAUUAAGACCAUAGGACUUUUUGCCAAUUAAGCAAGUUUGAAUCCUCUUAGAUCGGUUUUAUUCUAUAAGGAGUUAGUUGAUAAUAAUUUAGUUAAUGAAAUUGCUAAACUUACUAAAAAUAAUUUAAUCAUCCAUAAAUUAGCCACAUAGGUAAUUAGUGUACUGAUUCAUCCAAUAAAUGGGGAAAUCAUCCAUUUUCCAUGGAAGAAGGGUUAUUCAACAUAAGUGCAAAAUUUCAAUGAAUCUUUACCUUUAUUCGAGUCUUUAAGAAAUUAGAUUAUAACAUCUUAUGCAGAUGUUGAUCAUUUAAAGAUUUGUAAUUAUUAGGAUGAAUAAUAAAAUUUGAUACGAAUAUCUGUUUUAAGAAUUCUACUUUAAAUGAUAAGGAUAAAGAAGGAUAUUCAAAUUUCUAAAGAAAUCAUAAAUUAAUCACUCAAUUCACAAGAAUCUUUACUUUAAGGAACUGCCUUAUUAAUUCUAGUUUAACAAUAUAGAAAUAAAAACUAUGAAUAUUAAAUUACUUUUUAAUAAGUGAUAAGCACUUUUGAGAACAAUAUUUAAAUUAAUCCAAUCGUUUCAUUAGCAGCAGUUUAAUUAAUAGCAGAGUUGUUACAAUCGGAAACUAGCUUUAUAAACUAAUUACUCAAUUACUUCACUUAAUAACAUCCAUAUAAACUACUUGUAGAAUUGGUAAAUCCGACUAAAAAAAGCAAUAGAUUAGAUGAAAUUAGAAAGCUAGAAGGUAGUAGCUUUGGAAUCCCUAGUUAUGGAUUUGUUGAUGGAGUAAUAACAUUAAUAUCUAAAUUAUUGUUUCGAUAUAAUAAAGAACAAAAGAAAUUAACAGAUUUAUUUAUAUUAUUAGAAAAAUAUGAAAUUCAUCAACUAAUAUUUUCGAUCUUCAAAAACAUAACAAGUAGAAAUGAUGUAUCUCCAAAAGGAUUUGUUUUUUUGUUGAUAUUAAUUCAUGAUUCCAUAUAUUCGAACUUUAAAGCACUAGGUUAAUUAAUGUUUUAAGACAAUUCAAUUAGAACUUUGUGUUUAUUUUUGAAAGAUGUCCAAUUAUAAAAUAUUUAAGAAUGGCCAUCUUCUCUUGGCGGUGGCAUAGGUUGUGUCAAUAAAAUAGGAGAAUAGAUUAUUAAAUUAUUUAUUCUAGCAUUGUAAGAUCAAAAUAAUUCUCAUAUCUUUAAAGAACUAAACAGUUAGGAUGUCGUGGCUCUCGUUUUAAACCUUGUAAAAAAUUCACAGAAGGAACAAAUUAAUUUAAUCAUUUCCUUUAUAUCCAAGUUGGUAUGGAAUAAUGAAGAGGAUAAGUAUUUCGCAUAGAGCUUUAUUCAAAAUAAUGGACUUGCAAUUUUGUAAAAGUAUUCAGUUAUGAGUGUUGAUUCAAUUAAUAUUUUAUCAUAGCUAGCCAGAAUUAGUGCUGAUUAUUACCCUAAUAUCCACCAGAUGAACUUAUACAUUGAAUUGAAAUAAUAGAUUCAAUCUCCAGAUUAUAACUUGAGAUCAAAAGUAUGCAAUUUAAUUGGAAAUCUCUGUAGACAUUCCUCUUAUUUUUAUGAACAACUUUUGAAAUAUGAUUUAAUAAAUCUAUGUAUCAAAUGUUGUUCGGAUCCUGAUAAGAACACAAGAAAAUUUGCUUGUUUUGCAGUUGGAAAUGCAGGAUUCCAUAGUGAUAGAUUAUAUGAUAAUUUAAGGCCGGUAAUACCCUAGUUAGUUGAACUACUCAAAGAUUAAGAAGAAAAAACAAGAUCUAAUGCAGCCGGGGCACUCGGAAAUUUAGUUAGGAAUUCAAAUUUGCUAAUAAAAGACUUUAUCAAACAUGGAGCAUUAAAUUAGUUAUUAGAAUUAGUGAAAUCUGAUCAGACAACUAGAAUCUCCUUAUUUUCGAUAGGAAAUCUAUGCUAAUAUCCUGAAUGCAAGAGAAAAUUUGAAGAAUUGGAAAUCAGAUAAAUUAUCGAGCAAUCAUUAGCUUCUACAAAUGAUUAACAAAUUUAGAGAUAUGGAAGAAGAGUAUUAAUCAAGCUUGAUGAAAAUUGAAAUCAAGAAUAAUUUAUAUAUUCUAAUUAAUUAAUUAUAAUUUGAUUUUUUA